AUGAAGCCUCUUGCAACUCUAACACCCCUUGCACUCCCAGUCUUGGUCGGCGCCAAGGGAGAACCGACUUACACAUCCCAUUCUCUCCCUACAGCUGCUCUCGACUCAGGACCUGUCAUCGGCCAGACCACCACUCUUCCAGCAGCGAUUGCCCCCGUCAACAAGUUCCUGGGCAUUCCCUAUGCUGCUAAACCAGAGCGGUUUAGUCGACCCAAGAAACCUGAGCCUUGGACGGAACCGUUGAAUGCUUCCGAGUUUGGGCCUUCAUGUCCACAGUUGUUUGUUGACAACGAACUCACUCCUGGGCUGGACAUUCUCAAGGACUUUUUCGGCACCGGUUCUGAAGAGAGUGAAGAUUGUCUCUUCAUAAAUGCAUUUGCGCCAACGAGUCCUCAGCCUCCAGAGGGUCGUCCUGUUGUGCUGUUCAUCCACGGAGGUGGCUGGCAGCAGGGGAACGGGCAGAUUGACUUGAGUGGCUUCGCUGGGUAUGAAGACAUUGUUGCGUUUGCUUUCAACUAUCGCACUAAUGUCUUUGGAUUUCCCAAUUCCCCUGAUGUGCCGACUGAAGACACCAACCUCGGUCUGUAUGACCAGCAACUCGCUAUCGAAUGGGUUCAGGCCAAUGCUCGUGCUUUCGGAGGCGAUCCAAGCAAGGUAACUAUCUGGGGCGAGUCAGCUGGUUCCAUGUCGGUCGAUAUUCAACUCAACGCCUACGGCUCCAAGUCACCACCUCCUUUCCGCGGCGCAAUGAUGUUUUCAGGACAAAUGUCGGUUGGACUUCUGGGAAGUACAGCCAAUCCUGAGGACACGACCAAUUGGGACUCUCUAGCCGCCGUGGUCGGAUGCAAUGACACAGAGAACCAGCUGCAAUGUAUGCGAGAUGUCCCAGAGAAGGACCUCGUCAAAGCCAUGAGCACAGCGCAGGUGGCGUUUCUCCCAGUGACUGAUAACGUUACUCUUCCUAGUGGACGAGCUCAGAGAUGGCGAGAGAGGGAAAAUGUCAAGGUUCCGGUAUUGAUGGGCACGAUUGCCGAAGAGGGACGGGCUCUGGUGAAUCGGAACAUCACCAUGAAGACGUUUCUGGAUGCGUAUCUCGCUGAGCCAUUGGCCACUAAGAAGCAGCAGGAGGCGAUUCUCAAAGUAUACAAAGCGGAUCCCAAGCUGAAGAAUGAUUUUGACAUUGCUGCGGCGAUAUAUACCGACUUUUUCUGGCAGUGUCCUCAAGGGAUCCUGGCCAACAUCUCAGCCUCGAUCGACAACCCGACAUGGCGCUUCUACUUCAACACAUCCAUAACAAGCCUAUUUGGCGAAAAAUACUCGUGGAUGGGAAAAUUCCACGGCUCCGAUGUGGCUCUCCUCUUCAGCACCCCUACCUUUGAAGGCGAAGCAGGUGGAAUACCUUUUACUCCUCAACUGUACACGUUUGCGAAGUACCUCCGUGGCGUAGCUGGCCAGUUCAUCAGGAACCCAACAGCAGGACCGGGAUGGCCGGGUGUCGGGUCCAAGUAUGCGCCGUAUGAUGUUGUGAGCCUGGGUGGUGAGGGAGGUCUAGCGGGGGCUGCGGUUAUUGAUGAGACGGUUUUAGAUGAGCGGUGUAGGCUGUAUGAGGAGAUUUAUCCUGUUAUUGAGAAGUAUGUCUUGUCAGCCUAG